UGGCUGAGUUUUUGUGGUAGAAUUGGCAUCUGUCUAUUGCAGACCACCACGUAGACAGGACCUUACUUUUGUAAUUGUCGACGUCGUAUUUAUGUGUACCGGCACUCCAUCCCCAAAACCCCAACGAAACAUAAGCGAUAAGCCACAAAUUUGAGCCUCUUUUUUUUAUUUUUGCUCCGUAUCCUUUCAUUUGCACGACGAACUGUUUCAGUGAUUUAAGAUGCUCAUUUUAUGCUGGACAAUUUUAUUGUCUGUGAAUUCGGUCAGGGCGGUUCUUUUAAGAAACUACGCUCAGACUACAUUCAAUUUUCGACUAGCUAAUUAUUUCCAGGAUGGAAUGGUGCUGUUGUUUGAUGAGCCUAGUUCGGUAUUGUGGGGCUACGGACAGCCGGGAGCAAAAGCACAGGUUGUAAUUUUUGGCGAAUCGGUUUCCGUCGACGUUAAUGAUGCAGGCAUUUGGAAAACGAACUUUUGGAUUCAUAUACUGGGUGGACCUUUUGAGAUCGACGUAUAUCAAAUAGAGCGAGGCAACCGCACUGGUCAUAUUCGUCUCCGCGACGUUUAUUUUGGAGAAGUGUUUUUGUGCGGCGGUGGGGCCAACAUGGCGUUUCCGUUGGCAAAGAUGUUCAAUGGUUCGGAAGAAUUGGCUUCAUCCUCACAAUUUCCUCGCAUCCGUUUGCUGCGCAUUGCACCGGCAUCGUCCUCCACCGAGUGGCAGGAACCGCGCAUCCUUCAGAACUGGACAGUCGCCAGUCCGGAUUCACUGAAGGACUUUUCGGCGCUGUGUUGGGCGACGGGCCGCCGCGUGUACGAAGAUCUUCGUACAAGAUUUGACGAGAAAGGUUCGAUUGGUUUGAUUGGCGCCUACGAACAAGCUGAUUUUCCAGUACGCAGCUGGACACCUCCAGACAGUAUCGAACAGUGCCCUGGAACUAUGCCACAUCCGGCAAACGAUUCCGGACUGUGGAAUGCGAUGAUUGCCCCGCUGAAGGAAUUGCGCUUAACCAGCGUGAUCUGGUAUCAGGGCGAGGCAGAUGCCACCAUCAAUCCUGAUACGUACGGCUGUUUACUCCAGGCCAUGGUGGAUGGAUGGAGGAAGCAUUUUUACCACGAUAUCGCGCUGCCCUUCGGUAUUGUGCAGCUGGGUACGAGGAAUGCGGACACUAUACCGGGAGCCACCGCCAGGUUGCGCUGGGAACAGACGGCGGGUUAUGGGCAGGUGCCCAAUGCAGCGCUGGUGCGCGUCUUUAUGGCGUCGGCGAUGGAUCUGGCGGAUCCGGAGUCGCCGUUUGGCUCGGAACUGCCGCGCUUCAAAGAAGAAAUCGCGCAGCGCUUGCUGGCUGGCAUUGUAUCAGUCCUGUACUACCGACACAUUCCCUUUCAAGGACCCUUCCCGCAGCGUGUGCAGUUGAGUCAAGAUAAUGUUUCCGUGUACAUCGAAUAUGACGCAAAGAGCAACUUUGUUUCUGACGUUCCCAAUACUUUUGAGGUAUGCUGUGAUCCGCUGGUACUGCGCGGGGAUAGCUGGGAGGAUUGCCGAGUGUGGCGCAACACCACCAGUCAGCCGGAUCGGUCAGCCGGAAACGCCGUUGUUGUGUACACACCGUGUGGCGGCAUUGCAGCCAGUUUUCUUCGUUACGCCUGGGCAGCGACCCCAUGCGGCUACAAACGCUGCCAGGUCUACGCGACGGAUUAUCUGGGUGACGCCAGAGGGAUCCCGGGACCGCCGUUUGUUCUGCCAACCAACUGGACCCGAGAUGGCUGGAACGUAGUUUGAGGCUUUAAGCAGCACUUUAUUACGUAUACUGCGCAUUUCAUUUUU